CGAAUAUUCAGCUUGUUCUGCGGCUUCGCCAUCUCUAUGAUCAAGUUGCUCGUCAUGUUGUCUUCAGGAAGGUGGAGAGCCACACUGGGCAAUUUCUGAACGAGCGUGCUGAUCACUUGGCCGACUGUGGUGCCUGUGGGAUCCUACGUAACCCGGCUGAUGUUCAUCGCUGGGCAAGCUCCUGGAGCUAAUCUCUGCCGUCUUGGUCAGGAAGCCCCUGAUCUUUUUCAGCAUCACGGCUUCAUCAAUUUCAAGACUCCAGAGGCGGCCAGGGCUUUUGCGGCCGCGUGGCAUCGCUCCAGGCGCCUCGGCAUGGAGGACGAGACUGGCCAAGUGGUCCCCCUCAACGUCUCCAACGCUUCUCUGCAGGGCCUCGAGGCAAACCUGCGCAAGUGGACUGGCGCGCGGGUGACUCGCAUCAAGAAUCCAGAGUUCUUGCCUUUCGUCCUCAGGGACGCAGAGCCACAGCCGCGUGCCUGCGUGCUGGAGACCCCAGGUUCUGCCGCCAUCGAUGCGGCGAGGCCUCGCUGAGACCACAGGGCUUCUGCCAAUUGUACCUCGGAUGUGUCAUAGAAUUGGUAUUGGGCUUGGGCCCAAAUUGCUUUUUACAGAGCUGGCCACGGGAUAUCCACAAUUACGCCCGGUUUGGGCCACGUCGGUCUCACCGCCCAGCCUCCGACAGGCGCGCUGGUGCGUCGCAGUUGAGCGCGUUAGUGGCUCUCCGCUGUCGCGACCCAUAGAAACGUAUGUAGCUUGCGCUGGGACUCCU